ACCUGCGCAUGCGUCGUGCUAAAAAAAUACAAAAUGGCGUCCGAGGAUAUUGUCAAGCACUCGGUCCAUACGCUGGUUUUUCGUUCUUUGAAGAGGACUCAUGAUCUAUUCCUCCACGACCACGCGUUACCGGUCGCACAAGACGAACACAGUGAGAAGAUCAAGAUAGCAUGCAAAGUGCGAGAUGAGUAUGAUCCUAUCAAGGACUUGGUCCCCGUAUCAUCUGCAAAAGAAACACAUGGACAGAACAUGACAUCUCACUCAGACCGCCUGCAGCAGCAAGCCCAACAUCCAGAGACCAUUAUCCAAGGAGGUCACCCAUACCCUCAUGCGCCCGGUGUCCCGCUUACAUCAGAAACAGCUGUUUACCCCCGAGAAAUAUCAGAAGCAGGAAAACAGAGGAUAUUAUCAGAGUUGCCUUUAUCAGACUCUCAACUUGAAGCUCAGAAACGUUCUUUGGGCAUUGUGGACAUCAGACAGAAAGCCAUGGCGUCGGGAGGGCAGGAGCGGUUAGGUCCCAAAUCAAAAGCCCUUGUCAGUAUUGGUGGCACAAAACAACAACAGUCAACGGCCCUCAUGCACCAACGGAAGACACCCUCCCUCCCCAAGCCACAGUGGCAUGCACCAUGGAAACUAAUGAGGGUUAUAAGUGGUCACACAGGCUGGGUGAGAUCUGUGGCAGUAGAGCCAGGGAACAAAUGGUUUGCCACAGGCUCGGCUGACAGAACUAUAAAGAUUUGGGAUCUUGGAAGUGGCAAGUUGAAGCUGUCCCUAACAGGGCACAUCAGUACUGUUCGAGGGCUGGUUGUAAGUCCACGCCACCCAUACCUCUUCUCAGCCGGGGAAGACAAGCUUGUGAAAUGCUGGGAUCUGGAAUAUAACAAGGUGAUAAGACAUUACCAUGGUCACCUAAGUGCCGUUUACGAUGCUGAUAUCCAUCCCACUAUUGAUGUGCUGUUGACGUGUGGCAGAGAUGCUACAACAAGGGUAUGGGAUAUCCGUACUAAGGCCUGUAUCCACACCCUGACCGGGCACACCAACACCGUGUCGUCAGUACGAGCCCAGGCAGUCGACCCUCAAGUCAUCACAGGGAGUCAUGACUGUACUAUCAGACUAUGGGACCUUGCCGCAGGGAAAUCUGCAGUGACCCUAACCAACCACAAAAAGAGUAUCCGGGCUGUCACUCUUAAUCCAAACUUGUUCACCUUUGCUUCUGCCUCACCGGACAACAUCAAGAUGUGGAAAUUCCCAGAUGGCAACUUCCUCCAGAAUCUGUCUGGCCAUAACACUAUCAUAAACUGCUUGGCUGUCAACUCUGAUAAUGUUCUCGUCUCAGGAGGUGAUAAUGGCUCAAUGUACUUUUGGGACUGGAAGACCGGGUACAAUUUCCAGCGAAUUCAGGGCACGGCCCAGCCAGGGUCCCUGGACAGCGAAGCUGGCAUAUUUAGCAUGACUUUCGACCAGAGUAGUAGCCGUCUAAUAACGACGGAAGCUGAUAAAACAAUCAAGAUUUAUAAAGAGGACGAGAUGGCGACUGAAGAGUCACAUCCCGUCAAUUGGAAGCCCGAGAUUACAAAGAGAAAGCGCUAUUAGGACCACAAUAUGCUCAAGGAGCUGUUUCCCUGAAACAGAUGAUUCCCUCGUCAAGGAACGGUCACCAUGCACGAGAUUGUAUACAUGUACACAUUGCUUCGCAAUCAAAAUGUUUUUAUUUUA